AUGUCAGAAUCUAUUAAAUCAACAAUUCAAUUAAAUAAUGGUAUUAAAAUUCCAGUUAUCGGAUUAGGAACUUAUUUAACCGAUGAUAGUGAUAUUGAAAAAUCUGUAAGAUCUGCAAUUGAACAAGGUUAUAGACAUAUUGAUACAGCAUCUUAUUAUAAAAAUGAAAAAAAGAUUGGUGAUACAAUUAAAGAAUUAAUUAAAGAAGGUAAAGUAAAGAGAGAGGAAUUAUUUAUUACAACCAAAGUUGGUACUUGGCAACAUGGAUAUGAGAAUGCAUUGAAAGCAUUUCAAGAAUCAUUAGAGAAAUUACAAUUGGAUUAUUUAGAUUGUUAUUUAAUUCAUUACCCAGGCACAUAUAGUGAAAUACCUAAAGGUGAAAGCAUGAGUUCACUACGUUCUCAAACUUGGAAAGCUUUGGAGAAACUUUACGACGAUGGUAAAGUUCGUUCUAUCGGUGUUUCCAACUACGCCAUAUCGCACUUACAUGAACUAUUAUCAAAUUGUAGAAUUAAACCAGUGAUGAAUCAAGUCGAGUUCCAUCCAUACCUUUUCCAAGAGGAGCUUUUAAAUUACUGUAAAUCAAAUGGCAUCGUAUUGGAGGCUUAUGGCAGUCUCUCUGGUGGUAAUGAGAUCUUAACUGAGCCUGUAGUAUUGGAAAUUUCAAAACAACUUUCAAAAUCACCUGCUCAAGUCUUAUUGAAAUGGGCUAUUCAAAAUGGUUUAGUCGUUAUUCCAAAAUCAAUUAAACCUGAAAGAGUAUAUGAAAAUUCAAAUUUAGAUUUUACAAUUUCAAAUGAAGAUAUUCAAAAAUUAAAUCAUUUAAAUAAAAAUAAAAGAUUUUAUUGGGACCCAAGUAAUGUUAACUAA